AUGGAUUAAUAAGAAGAAAACAUAGAAAAUAAUUAAGAGAAUUUCACAUAAGUUUUUAAAAGAUUUAAACUAAAAUAUGAUCAAGCUAAACCUUUAAAUUUAGCUAAUGUUUAAAACACAGCAGUUGCAAUUUUUGGAUUGACAAAAAGUGGAAAAUCAACAUUCUUUCAUUUACUUAAAGGAGAUAGGCUUAUAACUAAUUAAGAUACGAUGAGAGUACAAGUAGAUGGUUAAUAGGAAAGUUUUAUAGGACAUGAUUUCUAAAGUUAUACAAAAAAAGUAAAUCAAUUUACCAUUCAAUCUGAUCCAUGUUUAGAUUUGAUUGAUUCUCCAGGAAUUGAAGACACAAGUGAAGAUUAUGAUGAAAUAGCAUCUUCUUUACAUUUAAUUCGGUUAUUAUAAGAAUACAAAAGAAUUAUCUUUCUUUUAGUUAUUCCCAUGGAUUAUUUCUCGAGUAGUUAAAUUUAACUUUCUUUAAAUUAUGUAUACAACUUAAUGUAAUCAGAGAAGGAUAUUAAUUAUCUUUGUUAGUAAUAGAUGAUAGCAUUGAUAAUCAAUAGAACCAGAACUUCAGAUUAUGUUAAUGAAAAAUAAAAAAUAAUGUAGAGUUUUCGUGGAAUUUAAUAACAAGGAUUUUAAGCAAUAAAUUUAUUACAUUAUUUUUAAUAAGGUAUAAAUAACAAUGUCUUUUUUCUAAACCAAUCCCCAGACAAGCAUCAUUUGGAUGA